AUGACUAACAGUGACGUAGUUAACGACGCACCUCGGCCACACCUCGGCCACACCUCGGCUACACCUCGGCCACACCUCGGCCACACCUCGGCCACACCUCGGCCACACCUCGGCCACACCUCGGCUACACCUCGGCCACACCUCGGCCACACCUCGGCCACACCUCGGCCACAGAUCGGCCACACCUCGGCCACACCUCAACCACACCUCGGCCACACCUCGGCCACACCUCGGCUACACCUCAACCACACCUCGGCUACACCUCGGCCACACCUCGGCCACACCUCGGCCACACCUCGGCCACACCUCGGCCACACCUCGGCUACACCUCGGCCACACCUCGGCCACACCUCAACCACACCUCGGCCACACCUCGGCCACACCUCGGCUACACCUCGGCCACACCUCGGCCACACCUCGGCCACACCUCAACCACACCUCGGCCACUCCUCAACCACACCUCAACCACACCUCAACCACACCUCGGCUACACCUCGGCCACACCUCAACCACACCUCAACUACACCUCAACCACACCUCCCCAUCCUCAUUCUAUCCAUCAACUCCCAACAUUUUCUUUACAGCUACAAAUGUUUGUCCCCUAAAAC